CAGUUGUUCACGAGUCGAGAAGGGGCCGCGAGAACCUUCGGACGUCUCGACUCUCAAGGCCAGUGACGAGAGGGCCGAUAAACAACGUUAUCUCUCUCACUUCGUCCCAGUCGACGGUUGAACAGCUGAGAUUCUGUGAAGUGCGGCUCGGAUUUUCUCCAAAAACUAUUUUCGUUCUAGUUCAGCUGACUUUCGGUGAGAAAAAUAAAAAAAAACCUUCCUCCGGUGAAAAUGAAUUUCCACUCGGAUUGUUGAUUUUGCUUUUGGAAAUUUUGGAGUCGCAACCCCGGCGUCGGAAAACGGGUGUUCAGUAUCAAAUAAUGUUCUGACAGUUAAAUUCGAAUCUCAAGUGGUCUUGUUUAUAAAAAGAAAUACACACAAAAAGAAAAAAAUGAGCCGCGUCAGAGGUGGAUUGGCUGCCAUUAAAAUUCUCAGGUUCUCAAAACUACCAAAAAACGUUUUCUUGUACGAGCUCUGCUAUGACAACUUGAAAUCGAUUUCGACAUCUGUGAACCUUUUCAAGACCGGGGUCGGUGACUUCAACACUCCGAAGGGCCCCGGUGAGCUGCCAGGCAGCGGCGGCGGCGGCCUAGGUGGGAGCAAGAACGGAAAGGACGGCAACCACAUCAGCUGCCCGAAAUGUGGCGAUCCGAACAUAUUCGUAGAGACCUUUGUCUCCUCAACAAGGUUUGUGAAAUGUGAGAAGUGCCAUCAUUUCUUCGUAGUGCUGUCAGAGUUAGAUACAAAGAGGAAUGUGAAGGAACAGGCCCGUGAUGAGCUGAAAGGAGGCUUUGUCAGGAAACCACCACCACCACCUAAAAAGAUAUACGAAUAUUUGAACAAACAUGUCGUUGGUCAAGAGCAUGCGAAAAAAGUGUUGUCUGUAGCUGUUUACAACCAUUACAAAAGGAUAUACAACAACCUUCCCUCACAGCCGGCCCAUUUGCCGAGACACGACAUGGCCGUUAUGGACCAGGGGCCGAAUUACGCUUUUGCUCACAGAGAUCUGUUACAUAUCAACGGCCUAGGUGUAGGUGGACAUUCGAACAACUUUGGCUUCCAAAAUGAAGACAACAGGCAGAACGCUAGGAAUGUGCCUGGAAGUGAUAUUCUAGAUGCUGCUACACAUGAGCUUAAACUAGAAAAGAGCAACAUCCUACUUCUAGGACCCACUGGAUGUGGAAAAACCCUCUUGGCACAAACGAUUGCUCAAUGUCUAGAUGUCCCUUUUGCAAUAUGUGAUUGUACAACGCUUACCCAAGCUGGUUAUGUCGGUGAAGAUAUUGAAAGUGUGAUAGCCAAACUUUUACAAGAUGCCAAUUAUAGCGUCGACAGGGCACAGACAGGAAUAGUUUUCUUGGAUGAAGUCGAUAAAAUCGGAGCCGUUCCUGGAAUUCAUCAGCUAAGAGAUGUCGGUGGUGAAGGUGUACAACAAGGAAUGUUAAAGAUGUUAGAAGGUACUAUAGUGAAUGUUGCUGAACGGAAUUCCCCGCGGAAACUUCGAGGUGAGACGGUUCAGGUAGAUACAACUAACAUCUUAUUCGUAGCAUCGGGUGCUUAUAACGGGCUAGAUCGUUUUGUCAGCAGAAGGAAGAACGACAAGGUGUUGGGAUUCGGCAUGCAAAGCGGUCCUCUACAGGGACGAAGGGCUGCCCUUAGUGCUGACAUCGCCAACCAAGGUGAUUCUGUCAGCGAGGAUAACAAAGAGAAGGAUAACCUACUUAAAGAAGUCGAAGCAAGAGACUUGAUAGACUUUGGAAUGAUACCAGAAUUUGUCGGUCGAUUUCCGAUUCUGGUGCCGUUUCAUUCUUUGGACGAAGAGUUGCUCGUACGCAUUUUGACCGAACCUAAAAAUGCAAUAGUGAAUCAAUACCAAAUGCUUUUCAAUAUGGAUAAAGUUGAUUUAACUUUUGCGCCGAACGCACUUAGAGCUAUAUCAGCGCUUGCGAUGGAACGAAAGACCGGUGCAAGAGGCUUGAGGGCGAUAAUGGAGAAGCUGCUCUUGGAAACCAUGUUCGAAAUUCCUGGGUCAGACGUGGUGAGCGUUCACAUCACCGAGGACUGUGUGAAGGGCAAGACUUGUCCCGUCUACAUCAGGGGCAAGCCUGUCGAUGUCGAGCCUCCCCCGGGCCCGCAGUCGAAUCAGGAACAGCACAGGCCUAUCGAGCUGAGGGCCGAGGCCAAAUGAUACUCAUUUACACAACAUAAACAAUAAAAUAAAAUUCUCAACUGUG